AUGUCGCAUGCUCACAAGGUCUUAGAUUGUAAUGUGGAGGACCUCUACACCUACUCAGCUCAGCGAUGGAUCUGGAAUGAAGAACAGCAGCUGCGAAGCAGACAUGUUUCAUUCAACCUGAAUGCUCUAAUACAAGUUGCGCAGGAAGCCGCCGGAGACAAUGCGGUUUGCAUCAACGUCUCGAAGCUGCCAGAGGGAAACUUUAACAAGGCUUUUCUUGUUACCAUGCAAGACGGACUGCAGCUAGUUGUUAAGAUCCCAAACCCCAACGCAGGAGCUAGCCACUAUACUACUGCGUCAGAAGUGGCAACAAUGCAAUAUGCAAGAGAGAAUCUUCAACUUCCUGUUCCUAGAGUCCUUUCAUAUUGCUCGCGGAUUGUCGGGAGUAAACUAGGCUCAGAGUAUAUCAUCAUGGAGAAGGCCGAAGGUAUCGAGCUUGGUCGCGUGUGGGAAAGCCUGAAGCCGCGGGACAAACUGUCUAUAACGAAGCAGAUUGGUUCCAUUACUUCCACACUCUCUCGGGCAAAGUUCCCAUUUCACGGUUCAUUAUACCGCUGUCAAGACGUCUCAGAGUCCGAAAGUAUCAAAAUUGAUGAUACCUUCGCAAUCGGACCGACAACAGGGCGAGCGUGGUUUGAUGACAGACGAGGGGAAGUCGAUGUGCAUAGGGGACCCUGGUCAAGUACGAAGAGCACCAUGAAUGCGCUAGUUCAGCGGGAACUAGCCUGUCUGAACAAAUUUUCUGAGUUUCCUCGAGAUUGCCAACAGGGUAUCUUCAAUGGGCCUGGUGGCUACCGUCCUACAAAAGAGGCAAAAGUCUCCGUCCUACAGGACUUUCUCAAGAUCUAUCAACACAUCCUACCAAAAGACGAUGCACUCAAUAUGGGCAUAAUCUGGCACAACGACCUACACACAGACAACAUCUUCGUUGACAAAGACAACCCUACCCAAAUAACCAGUAUCAUCGACUGGCAAGCGAUCCCUAUUUAUCCGAUGUUUCUUGUCGCCCAUCAUCCGUCUCUCAUAGAGUAUGACGGUCCAAAGCCAGAGCGGUUCAUACAGCCUACUCUGCCAGAGAAUAUCGAAGAGCUUAAUGCCCAAGAUAAAAAAGCCGCUAAGGAGCUUUUCCUCGCACAGACACUCUGGCUUUACUAUGAGACGCAAGUCUAUAAAGAAGCCCCAGAAUUGAUUCGCGCAUUUGAGUACCGGGAAACUUUGCAGUCUGAGAUACUAAGUUUAAUUGGGUCCAUAUUCGACGAUGGGGAGCCUUAUGUCCAAAAGCUUCUCGCCGACGUCACGAGAGAUGAUGUAUGGAAACAGCUGGUCGGGGAGGAUCAUCACGGCUAUCCAAGCGUACCAUGUCCCCUGAACUACACGCAACAUGACCUGGAUAAACAGAGCGAGGAGUACGCCAAAUGGGAGAGGGACAUCGAGAGGAAAGCGCGAGUGAUCGAUGAAAUAGGAGUAUAUACAGGCUGGAAUGGAGCUGUAUCUCCUGGCGAUUAUGAUGAAGUCGUCAGAAGAGUUGAGCUUGCCAAAAAGAGGUUUUUAGAUCGAGAAUCGACAACUCCAGAGGAACGGGUGUUGUGGGAGAAGGCAUGGCCUUUUGAGGAUAAAACCGGAGGACACUGA